AUGCUUGUCUGGCAUCCUGAGCAUCGUGUUAAAUUUGACCACCACUUACAUACAGAAGAGGAGGUCUACCGAUUUUGUGUGAACAAUGAGCUGUAUUUUCAGGAAUACCUGCACGAAGAUGGUAUAAUCUUCCAGCAAACACCUCUAAAAACCUCUGCCAUAUGUGGAGAAUUACACAAUUACUGGAUGAAAUGGAAUGACUGUGCCAUUACCCAGCAUGCAGAUUCUAGACAGUGGCUUCUGUUAGAGACUAUUCCAGGAAUACAAUUUCGUAAAAUUUAUGAGGAGAGGGAUCAUAUUGCUGCGCAAAGAUAUUUCCAGCGAUUUGUCGAUGAUUAUCGUUUUGGGAGAGUCAGUGAAGUGGCAGAGGUCCUUGGUUUGACAGGUGAGAGCCCACAGUACGAUGGAUUUCUUGAGACCAUACCCUUCAGCGAGAUACACUCAAUCAACUUUGCCCCAUUGGCCGGUGCCAACGGUCUCGUCUACCGGGCGAAGUGGACGUGCCCCCAAAAGAUUGAUAUGCCGGCUUCCGAAAUUCGAGAAGUUGCCUUGAAGACAACUAGGUUGACAGCCUUGGCUGAUGAGCGGAAGUUUCUGAGCGAGCUGGAUGCUUCUCUGCGAGCAUUAGCAGCGAGGUCAGUACGCUGCAUUCGAUUUUAUGGAAUCACUAAAGUACCAAGAAAUUGCGAACCGUUCCCACCGGACACACUGUUCAUGGUAUUUGAAUGGGCCGAACUAGGCUCCGUAUUGCAAUACCUUAAUAGCCGUCUGACAGGAGCGAGGAAGGACUGGGAGAUUUUAUUUGACUGCAUAGAAGAUAUCGCUGUAGGUCUUGAUGAGCUGCAUAGGAACAAUAUCAUUCACCGAGACAUCCACCCAAAUAAUGUCUUAAUCGCAACACGACCUACACCCCGUGACGCAUCGACCUCAAUUUCAGUCGAAAUACUGCUCGUGGAUCUUGGAGAAGGCCUUGCAGCUGACAAGGAGCAAUCUCUGGGUCGAAAAUACUACGGAAACGUGGAAUAUUGGGCGCCAGAAGUACGUAAGCAUCACCAAUAUAGCUUCGCUUCAGACAUUUAUUCUGCUGGACGCCUGAUGGCGGAAAUGGUUCAGGUCAGAUGGCGAAUUGUGCUUCAAAAGACGGGAGGAAUGGACCAGUCUGUGCCCAGAGAGAUUGCGCAGAUCAUCCGUAUGUGUAUGGCUAAGGCGCCCGAAGCUCGACCGAAUGCGGAAGACUUAGUCUAUCAUAUACAAGACGUUCAUAUGGAAUUAAUGCGUGAGACAUCGGACGGUGAUUAUGAUAUAGUCUUUGACAAUAUGGUCGAUGGAAGCCACGAGCUCAAUGCUAACGUCGAAAGUGAGAGUGGCGAAGUGUUGGAUCUGGAUGAAGAUGGAAUACCCUUUUAA